GUGUCCUAGUAGUAAAUGUUACGUGGAGGAACAAGACUUAUGUGGGAACGCUGCUGGACUGCACAAAGCAUGACUGGGCCCCUCCCAGGUUUUGUGAAUCACCAACAAGUGACCUGGAAAUGCGAGGAGGCUGGGGCAGAGGAAAGCGGGCAAGGUCCACUGCAGCUGUACCUGGAAAUGAUGUGAGUUUUGCAGAGUCUAGAGGACUUCAGAACAAGAUUCGAGGUGGUGCCAAUGGGAAGGGAAGGAGGGGCAGCCUUAAUGCAAGUGGGUGCAGGACAUCACCAAACUGUGCUGUGGAUGAUGUCAAAGCCAGCCCCUCAUCCACAAACAAGAGGAAAAAUAAGCCUCCAAUGGAGCUAGAAUUGAACUCCAGUUCAGAGGACAAUAAAUCUGGAAAAUGUGCUCGUACUAACUCUAGAAGCACUCCCACCACCCCACAGGGGAAACUCGAGGCUACUUUUUUGGGCCAAGGUUGCUCUUCUCCAGUGCUGAUUGAUUGUCCUCACCCCAACUGCAACAAAAAGUACAAGCACAUUAAUGGACUCCGAUACCACCAGACUCAUGCACAUUUAGAUCCAGAAAACAAACUGGAGUUUGAGCCUGACAGUGAAGACAAAAUUUCAGACUGUGAGGAAGCAUUGAGUAAUGUGGCACUUGAAUGCAGUGAGCCAAGCACAAAUUUGUCAAGCUUUGAUCCACUAAAAGCACCGACAUCUCCUUCCUCCAUCACUACCCCAGGGACGCCUAAAGGAAAAAGGGAGCUGACCAGCAAUGGCCCCAGUUCAGUUAUCAGUUCCAAAACUGGCAAGAAUUCUGGCAAAAAGAAGGGUCUGAACAGUGAAUUGACCAGCCUUCCAGUAAUUUCUAAUAUGGCAUCCACACUGGACAAUUGUUUGGUAGCAGAUGGCAAUUUGCAAACUGAAACGCCCAAAUUGGAGGCUGAAGGGUUGACAGACAAGAAAAUUUUGGGUGAUAAGGACAAAGGCAAAAAAACUAAUCAUUGCAAAGUGGAUAAAAACCUUUCCAAACUGAAAACGGCCAGGCCCAUUGCCCCAGUGCCAGCACCAACUCCUCCCCAAUUAAUAGCUAUACCUACUGCAGCCUUUACAACCACCACUACAGGGACAAUACCAGGACUUCCCUCUCUAACAACUACUGUUGUUCAGGCUACACCAAAGAGCCCUCCACUAAAACCUAUUCAACCAAAGCCCACAAUUAUGGGAGAGCCAAGCACUGUAAACCCAGCUCUCACAUCACUCAAAGACAGAAAGAAAAAGGAGAAGAGAAAGCUAAAAGACAAAGAAAGCAAAGAGACUGGAAGCCCUAAGAUGGAUUCUAAGCUGGGAAAGCUGGAGGAUUCAAAAGGGUCUGGGAAAGAUUUGUCUGGACAUUUUUUAAAGGACCAUCUCAAUAAAAAUGAAGUGUUAACUAAUGGACUGUCAGAGUCUCAAGAGAGCAGGAUGGCAAGUAUUAAGGCUGAAGCUGAUAAGGUUUACACGUUCACAGACAAUGCACCCAGCCCUUCUAUAGGAAGUGCCUCCAGGAUGGAAUGCAGCACUUUGGUGAAUGGACAAUCUUCAGUUGCGCCGCUGCAUGUGUUGACACAAAGUGGUGCAGAUACUGCAGCCACUAAAACCAACAGCCCUGCUUACUCGGAUAUUUCUGAUGCGGCUGAUGAUGGUGGCUCUGACAGCAGGUCAGAGGGCAUGAAUUCAAAGGCCAGCUCUCCUUCGGAUAUUAUAUCUAAUAAGGACAGUGUUGUAAAAGAACAUUCUUCAACCACAACACAAUCGGCUCAAGCAAAAGAGUCCCAUUCUCCCUAUUACCAUGGCUACGGACCUUAUUAUUCUCCAAGUUACAUGCACUCUGGACGGGUCAGUGCCCCAGCAGCUGGGAACAGCAGUACCCCACAGGGACUGAAGAUCAAAAAAGAGGCUGAGGAAGAGACUGAAAAGAAAGAGAAGACAGAACUGUCAGAUUCCAAGAAAAGUGAAACCAAUUCCACUAAUUUGCAGCCACAACAUCAGUCAGUAAUAACGCAAAGACACCCUGCACUUGCCCAGUCACUUUUUUAUGGACAGUAUGCUUAUGGACUCUAUAUGGACCAAAAGUCCUUAAUGGCCUCUAACCCUGCUUACGGACAGCAGUAUGAAAAAUACUAUGAGGACCAGAGACUAGCAGAACAGAAAAUGGCACAAACUGGGAGAGACUGUGAAGGGAAAAAUGAACCCCCCUUGAAGGAAAUUGGCAACGGUGAUAAUAAGCAGAAAAAUAACCCAUCUGCUACUAUUUCAAAGGACCCUUCAACUCCAGAGUCAAGCAAAAAUAACACUAAAAUAGGGUCAUCAGUCUCUAACAAAGGUGAGGAGAUAAGCAAAUCACAGAUCCUUUCCAAUCACCAGCAGCAGCUUCAGUCUGACAGUUUCAAAGCCAAACAAAUGGAAAACCACCAGCUCAUAAAGGAGACUGUGGAGAUGAAAUCUGUUAUGGACUCCAUGAAGCAAACAGGAAUAGAUCCAACCACAAGAUUUAAACAGGACUCAGAUUCACGAACAUGGCAUCAUUAUGUCUAUCAGCCCAAAUACCUUGAUCAGCAAAAAUCAGAACUUGAUCGUGAGAAAAAGUUAAAAGAAGACAGCCCUAGAAAAACACCUAAAAAGGAAAGUUCCCUGCCUAACCUUCCUGUCUCAUUAGCAAGCAUUAAAGAGGAGCCUAAAGAGGUCAAGCGUUCUGAUUCUCAAUCAGUGGAUGAGAGCAAGAUAAAAAACAAUGAUCGAAAGACUCCUGUAAAUUGGAAGGACUCUCGGGGUGCUAGAGUGGCAGUUUCCUCACCAAUGAGUCAGCAUCAGUCAUAUAUCCAGUACUUGCAUGCUUAUCCUUAUCCACAGAUGUACGAUCCCAACCAUCCAGCCUAUCGUGCAGUCUCUCCUGUCCUAAUGCACAGCUAUCCUGGGACCUAUCUUACUCCAGGAUUUCAUUAUCCUGUUUAUGGGAAGAUGUCAGGGAGAGAAGAGGCAGAGAAAGUCAAUACCAGUCCGAGCAUCAAUGUGAAAUCAACUACUGAGUCCAAAGCACUGGAUUUGCUCCAGCAGCAUGCCAACCAAUAUCGCAGCAAGUCCCCUGUUCCUGUGGAAAAAUCCGCAGCUGAGCAUGAACGGGAAGCAGAGAGGGAACAAGACCAUCAUUCUCCUUUUAGCCAGAGGCAUCUCCAUACACACCAUCACACACAUGUUGGAAUGGGUUACCCACUUAUACCUGAUCGAUAUGACCCAUUUCAAGGACUGACCUCUGCUGCCCUUGUUGCCGCUCAGCAGGUGGCUGCUCAGGCAUCUGCCUCUGAGAAUGAUGAGUUUGGAAAUGUACAUUGUCAUGUGACUGGAUCACAUGAGGAAGUGCUUUAUUACAGACAUCAGUUCCAUGGUGUUAAUUUGAAAUGCCUUAAUGGCAGGUAAAAACCAGUCAUUUCAUUUUUGUAA